AUGACUGCCCUCAUCACGAAGCAACGGUUCAACUGGAUGGGGUACAAUGGUACCGAAACAGAGGAAUUUGACACGGCACUCCUACGCACGGAUGGCAUGCAGGCGAACAACAACGCCUAUGCGCAUCGUCAGCAGGUGGUGUUGGAGCUCAAAGAGCGCCUGUACCGUAUCAAGCGUGAUCUUGAGCUCGUUCCCGAAGAGGAGCUGCGCGCUGAGGAAGAGGCCCGCGCGCGCCGUAUCACCGAGCAGAAGCGUUUGGAGGAAGAGCGCUUGCGCAGGGAAGCCGAGGAAGCCGCCUGGGCUGAGGAGGCAGAGCGCCAGCGUCUGGAGCGUGAGAAAGCCAGGGCGGAGGCCGAAGAGGAGGCCCGUCGCCAGCGGGAGGCCGAGGAACAGCUCGAAGAAGAGCGCAGGCUCCAGCUAGGGAAGAGCGAAAAGGAUAGUGACGAGGAUAGCGAUGAGGACAGCGAACCCGAUGAUGGGCACACGGAAGCCCUCACAGCUCUACCCCGCACGCCGGAGGAAAUGGACAAGGCUAUUAAGGGCCUUGUCAAGGGUAUCCGCAUGCUGCUCGCCUCCACCGGCAACGGCUACGUCAGUUACCUCGACGGGAGCCUGCACCCCUCGAUCAACAAGCUGGAGGAGUACAACAACACCAAGCGCGAGGCUGUGAUCAAGGCAGUCGACGGUACCAAUGUUUGUGUCCCUGACCCCGCGGAGCACUCGCUGACUGAGGUGUCUGCGGCGAUGGAAGCCCGAGAUAUGGCGCGCAAGAAGCUGGACGCCUACUACGCCAUGCAGGACCCUACGUACGCGGCGCGCAUCCGCUCGGUCGAGAAAAAUGUGUACGGUAUCACGAAGCAGCGGCUGGACUCGGAUGAGGAGGAAGACAUAUCGACGCUGACUGAGGACCGCCAGUCCACGAAGAAGUUUUUUGAGAGAAUGCGCAAGGAGUACAAUGUGAAGGCGGCGGUGAGCGGCAAAGCCAUUGCCGCCGUGCUCGGAGUGUGA